GGUGUAUAAUAUAGCUGAUCGGUUCUCACAAUGUACAUUCAAAGAUGAAUGACACAAGAAAGCGUAGAAAAGUAGCAAAGGCCAAGAUGUUCAAUUUCCACAAGCCGAAGGUUUACCGGUCGAGUACCGGUUGCUGCAUAUGCAAGGCCAAAUCGAGCAGUUCCCGGUUCACGGACAGUCGCAAGUACGAGGAGGACUUUAUGAAGUGCUUCAAGCUCCAGGAGCGCCGCACCGGGGAGAUAUGCAACGCCUGCGUCCUUCUCGUCAAGAGGUGGAAGAAACUACCGGUCAGCAGUGGCCGCGACUGGCACCACGUGGUGGACGCACGAGCCGGUCCGGGAAUCAAAGCGUCAAAGUUCAAAGCGAAGAACAAAAAGUGCCCGAUCGUCAAGAAGAAGAAGAAGCACGAGGACGACAGCGACGACUCAGCAGAGGAAAACGCAGCCGGAAACGGUAGCAAAAAUUCGAGCAGAGCCGGCAGCCCAGCUAGCAGCGACGAAAAUGGGGACAAGCGACUGGAUCACGAUCCCGGCGAUGCGCACGUCAGCGACUUUAUCGACACGACGUACUUCACCAGAAAAAAAAUCUGCUGCGGGGUGAUAUACGUGGGCAGAUGCGGCGAGGUGAUGAUCGAGGCGUCCCUGUUCAAGCCGUGCCUGAGCUGCCUGGCGCGCCGGCAACAGCAGCACCAGCAACAGCUCCUCGAGCGGGCCGCUUUGGCCACCUCGACCGCGGGCUCGAGUCCGGACCACUCCUCGGCCUCGGCCAGUCCCUGUCACAGCUCGGCCUCGGCCAGUCCCGCCCACAGCCUCGACUCGAUCGUCUCGGGCGACAGCAAGAGCAGCGCCAAGGGCUUCCUCUGCGACUCCUCGUCCGACUCUGGCUACGACGACUUCUCCAAUCCCGGUGACAGCAAAAAGCUGCAGCUCUUGCUCCAGGCACCCGCGCCCUCCAUGUCCCACCUAACGAUCGGCAAGCCCGUGGUCAAGCCGGUCGCGAAGCCGCACCAGCAAAUCAAGCUUAUGGAGCCGAUGGUGACGACGACGACGACGACGACGACGACGAGCGUGGCCGGGGCGACUGCACUGCGAUUCAGAGGUUUGAAAAGCACAAAGGUACCGAUUAAGCUGCUCUGUAAGCCCGUGGCGCUAGUCAGCUCGGCCAAGCUGAGCCUCGCGGGUGGUGGCCCGGUGAUGCCCGACUCGGUGCUCACGGUUGUCCCGCCGGCCGUCGACUUUGCACGGUCGCCGUCCCAGAGACCGUCGCUCGCCAAUUGAACCGAUUGCGACGACGCUCCGGACGAUCCGCUUGUUGUGCGCUAGUCACUCGACGGCCACCCAUUUUUUGCUUUCCUUUGCCCAAGGAACGGGGUAUGGGUGUAUAUACUUGCUUGUUCACGUCGUAUUUCUGCCCGAGAGGUUCGUGUGGGGCAGUACUGUUGGGAUCCUCAAGGCGAUCGCUCCUGCCGGG